AGGCAAACUUGCCUGGCUCAUUGGCGGGGGGGAAAACGCCGCGCUGGGUGGGAGCUGAGAGAGCGCCAGAGUGCGCUGCGGGCUCCUUUCCCCUUCCCCUUUCCUUAACCCUUCAGGGAGCGGAGGAACAGGGUCGUGCUGCAGCGCCAAAGAGCCAGGGCGCUGACUGCCCUGGGCUCCCGAAACUUUGCGCGGAGCGUGGGCUUUCCUGGGCAUAGCUGAGCCGGCUGGCUGGUCUGGAAAGGGACGGGGGAACGGCGGGGGCGGGAGCCGACCCUUCUGCGCCCCAGGUCUCUAGCCCAGGCGCUGGAAAGGCGGGGGUGCAGCCGCCGCAGAGGAGCUGUCCCUCCAGCACCGCGGACCUGAAAGCUGGGCUUUAGGAAGGCGGAGGCAGGGCAACAGGCGGAGAACUGUCCCUUCAGCGCCGCGGACCUUUGCCCUCCGAAGAAACCGUCCGGCCCCCGCCCCAGGACUCUGUCUUUUCUCCAGUUUGAGCGGGGGUGUCGGAGCAGGCGGAGAGCUUUCCUGGGAGGCUGGGGAAGCAAUGAACACUCUUCUCAGCGACUCGCCUCCCAGCAGUGCUAUUUUUUGCCAUCCGCCCUCACCCCCAGCACACGCGCUCGCACACACAAGCACGCACGCACACACACACACACACACACAUAGACCUCUCUGGAUUUCUUUGCCUUGAGUCUCCCGGAGCUGUGAGGAGCCAGGCAUAUCUCAAACGGAGCUGGCAGCUUCUGGCUCCGGAGCCAUGCCCUGCACGGACCCUCAUCCUAACCAAGCUCCCGAGGAAUGAAAGGAACCCAGGGACCCUCAGAAAGCAGCAGUGAUGUGGACCAACCCCCUGGAGCCUGCACCCUUCCGAGGGCCAUAGGAGACCCAGGGAACUGGAGAGAGCUCCAGACUGGAAACCCCAGCUUUCCAGAAGUCCCUGUGGAUGCUGACAAAAGGAGACCCGAAUUUUUGGAAGAGUCUGUCCUAGGUGACCCAGCUGCAUAGUAGUUUUUCCUCCGGCAUUAACCCUCCCCCUCCAACCCCCAGCCAUCCAGAGUACCAUGAAGAAUUAUGAGGAUGUGUGACAGAGGUAUCCAGAUGUUGAUCACCACUGUGGGAGCCUUCGCAGCUUUUAGCUUAAUGACCAUUGCAGUGGGCACGGACUACUGGUUAUAUUCCAGAGGUGUGUGCAGGACUAAAUCUACAAGUGAUAAUGAAACCAGCAGGAAGAAUGAAGAAGUAAUGACCCAUUCGGGGCUGUGGAGGACCUGCUGCUUGGAAGGGGCUUUCCGAGGUGUGUGCAAGAAAAUCGAUCACUUCCCAGAGGACGCUGACUAUGAACAGGACACAGCUGAGUAUCUUCUGCGGGCUGUGAGAGCUUCCAGCGUCUUCCCUAUCCUCAGUGUCACACUGCUCUUCUUCGGAGGGCUCUGCGUGGCAGCCAGCGAGUUCCACCGCAGCAGACACAAUGUCAUCCUUAGCGCGGGCAUCUUUUUUGUCUCUGCAGGGUUAAGUAACAUCAUCGGCAUCAUAGUUUAUAUAUCAGCCAAUGCUGGAGAUCCCGGGCAGCGUGACUCCAAAAAAAGCUACUCCUACGGCUGGUCCUUUUAUUUCGGAGCCUUCUCUUUCAUCAUCGCAGAAAUUGUGGGAGUAGUUGCCGUGCACAUCUAUAUAGAAAAACAUCAGCAAUUACGUGCCAAAUCCCACUCCGAGUUCCUGAAGAAAUCUACCUUCGCUCGCCUUCCACCCUACAGGUAUAGAUUCCGGAGGCGGUCAAGUUCUCGCUCCACGGAGCCCAGAUCCCGAGACCUGUCCCCUAUCAGCAAAGGCUUCCACACCAUCCCUUCCACUGACAUCUCAAUGUUCACCCUCUCCCGGGACCCCUCAAAGAUCACCAUGGGGACCCUCCUCAACUCUGACCGGGACCACGCUUUUCUACAGUUCCACAAUUCCACACCCAAAGAGUUCAAAGAAUCGCUGCAUAAUAAUCCGGCCAACAGGCGCACCACGCCCGUCUGAACUGACCUUUGCCCUCUGCCCUCUGCCCCAGCACAGCCUUGAGGGAGGUGGACAGAGGUGUCUCUGAGGUUGCAUGGCAUGGUCCUCAUGAUGGUAUUAUCUUCUACAAAGAACGAAACCAAAUGGACUCAGCCCUCUCCCAUUCUUUGCCCCUUGACCUACAGGUCCCAAGACCUCCAUUCCUCCCCACCUUUUCAAGCCAAUCUCAUGAUGUCCUUUCUCUUUCUGUGUAUCUCUGCCAGGUGUUUUCCUUUCUUCCUUCUUUACUGGAAGGACCUCUACCUUGUUCCCUCCCUGGAAGAGGACUUUACUCAAAGUCAUGGGUAGUGGCCGCGUGGGGGAAAUCCCCGAAUCCCCAGGCGUGUGCACAGUGGUCCCCAUCACCCACUCACAAGUCCUCAGGACACUGACCGCCCAGGUGGCCCUGAGGGAGGCAUUCACCUUACGUGUUAGAGAAACAUGGCCAGAAAUCAAAGAUAUCAGAGUCCCGAAGCAGCUAAUGUAAUAAGCACUCAUGUUAUUAAAGGUUUUGCCUUGUUGUAAC